GCCUUGACGCGUUACAGCUUCCGGUUUUACUUUCGACACAUCACAAGUGAUAAUCACAGGGUUGACAGACCUAUGUAAAAAUGUAGAACGGAAAUGUAUAUAUAUAGCAAACGCAGCAUCCUCUGUUAUUGUUGACCCCCCUAAAUAUAGAAAAUGAAUAUAUUUUCAAUGUGUUGUAUGGUAAAGCUUUAGAUUGUGUGGCAUGAGUUCAAGAAAGUCCAGACAGGAUGCUAACAACAAACCUUACAGCUACCAGCAACUAGGUGCAGAGGUUCAAAACUCCAAGAAGUCCAGAGUGUAUGUGUUUGGUAAUGCUGAUGUUCAAGAAGAUGAAGUUGUUGAAUUUGAAAUGUCUGAUGUGCGAUCCCGUAAAGGGGGACCAAAACCUACACAGAAAGAUGAAGAUGAGCAACUGUACUAUGAGAGAGAACUUACAGAGGGUGACACAUUACGCAGUCUUUCAUUACAGUAUGGAUGUCCGGUGGCUGAGAUCAAGAGAAUUAACAAUAUGAUCCAGGACCAAGAUUUUUAUGCUUAUAAGAAGAUUAAAGUGCCAAUCAAAAAGUAUUCUUUCCUAACUGAAACUCUCAAAACGGAAACAAAAUACGACAAACCCCAAUUUAAUGGCAUUACAGUGGUGGACGAAACUGACACAGAGAACACAGAAACAGACUCUGAGUCUGUGUGUAAUAUGAGUGACCCAGACACACAGCGGCUCAUGAUUAAAAAAUCUCUAAGCAUUAGAAGUCAGACAGGUCUCCAGUCCAAAGAAGCCAGAAGAUUUCUGCGCAGCAUGGAUAAAGACUUGGUGAAAUUUUGUAAAUCUGCCAAAACGAGACAUGAGUCUCUGGACGAAGUUGUGUCUCUGUUGACCAACAGGUCAAUACAACCUAUUCCACCUCCGAGACGGAAGUUCUUUGGCCACGACUGUGGAUUAACCUGGUGUUCGAUGAUUGGUUUCAUAGUGGUUCUUGCAAUUUUGAUUCCAUUAGGAAUUUUAAGUUAUUUAUGGUUCACUGGUCAUUUUUCUACCCACAGUUCUGCAGGUCAGAAUAAUGGAUGAUACAUGUAUUUGUAACGUUUAGAAAUUAUAAGAUUUGAAUUGAAAAUUUGUUGCAUAUAAUAUAUCAAACAAUCAUCACUCUAGACAGUGCUCCUUCUGUUAGUUUUAAAUCAAUUGUGGAAACUUUACAGUGUAUGAUUUUGAUGAUUUGUCUCAUAUGGAAGUUCAGAACAAAAAAAAUAUUUCUCAACAAUACUGUCCUCUUCUGUUGAUUUUUAAGAUGUUGGGGUGAAUGAAAGUUGAACUUUUCCCAGUCUAAUAAGCUGUUAUUUUUCAACUUUUUUUUUUCGAUUUGAAUAUGUAGAUGUGUGACAGUUAAAGAUGUGCAGUUAGGAUUAUUAAAUCAAAAUUGAAAAUCAGUUUCUUAUUUGAAAUAUAGUACUGGUACCUGAUACAUGAUAGGGUGAUAAGUUUUCGUUUAGGAUAUGUUCAUUGUAAAGUACAAGGUAUAAGAAUUAGACAAUUUUUCUAAUUAGUAAUUUUAAUUUCUACCCACAUUGAGUAUCAUGAACAGAAUGAAACUAAAAGUGCCAGAUGUGAUCUAACACAGUCAAAAUUUUCCUUCCAUAAGUUACCUCCAAGAGUUGCAGAGACCUUUGAUUAUGGAGAUUGGAUUCUGGAAGUUAAAAGAAAAAAUCAUUUUAAUCAAUCACUAGGCCAUUGCAAAUAACAAUGUGACGUAAAGGUAUUAUAAUAAAUGCUGCUAAUUAUUUGCAGUAUUUCUGCCUUGUCAGUUGGUUUACCACCUGUAGUGAUUCGAUAGCCAAAUCAAAUCCUCCCCAAAUGUGUUUUGGCUUUUUUUCACUAAUGGCAAUAGUUAUGAACAAGGCUGCUUUUAUUUUUGUGAUAGAUGUUCAGCUUAGCUGCUUACUAAACACUCAAUAAAAUACCUAUAGUAUCUUUAUCUGUCACACCUUUUGUCAUAAUAGAUUGUCAGGUAACCAAACACCUAAAAUAAUUGAUUUAAAAAAAUAUUCAAUUUAGACCUUUUUUUAUAAAAAUAAGCUUUAUCUUUUACAUGUGUCCUCUAAUUAUCUAUACACAGCUACCUGUUACCUUUAUAUAACCUUUCAACAGUGCUUUUUCAUGUUUGCUUGCCCUUUUUGUAUCAAGUACAUAGAUAUGAAAUGUGUGAAUAUUUAAUCACUGUCAUUUUUUCUCAUCUGUGUACCUUUGUUUAUACAUGAACAUGUACAUUGUACAUGUAUGUGUUGAAUCACAGUAACUUGCAUUUAAAGUCAAUGCAACUAAAAUGCCUAAAAUUCUGUAGAAAACAUUAAAAGCCUGUAGAAUUCCAAUAGCAUCUUACAAGGUUUCAUAAAUAAGCCGGCCUUUGGAUUCCAUGUACUGUUUCAUUUAUAUUACUGGUUGUGGUUUGAUACUGUGUAUCUGUAAAAGUCACAUGUAAUCAAAGACAUUUACUAUCACUGGAAAGGAUGUUUAUUUUGUUUUUAUUUACAAGAGCAUGUUCAUGUCAUUUCAUGUUAUUUUGUACAUGUUCGGGGAUGAAGCGUGGAGUUAAAACAUACGUAAAUCUUCCCAAACACCGGUAUCACAGAAGGAAUGUUAGAUUACUCACUGAACGUAUCAGUUUUAAGUUCCAUUGAUUCCAUUUUGUUUAAUACCAUUCUGCAUUUUUUGUCACUUGUGAUCAUGAAUUAGAACAUGGCAGUGAAUCAGCUUUGUUUCAGAGAAAAAAAAAUGUAUUAUGUAUUAAUUAAGAUAUGUUGACUUAUCAUCUUGAAUCCCCUUUAUUAUAUUUUAUUUCAUAUGCUAUAUUACUUUGAUCAUUGCUCCCUUUAAGAUUGUGAAAUCAUAAGAGAACUGAGAUACAUAAAUAACAUUUGAAUCUGAAGUUCACACAUUUCAAGUAAAUUACAUGUACAUGUGUACAUUGGAUUCUUCUGCCAUUUUUAAAGUUGCAUGCCUUAAUUGUAUCAUACAGUACAUAGACGUAUGCUUUGUCAUCAUUUAAUAUUUUUUGAUUGUGUAAUUAAAUUAAGAACAGAGUUUUGCCAUUUGUUUCCAUUGUUAUAUACAAUGUAUCAAGAUAUUUCGUGGACAGUUUAUGAAAUAAGAUAUAUUGACUUAUGAAUUAUUUUUUUUCUACAAAAUCUCUCCUGAUAUAUAAAUGUAAUGAAAGAACACAACCAAAAUUUCUCACUUGGCAUUCAAAUUCUUGUUUCCUUUAUUUGAUCUAUACUUAGGGAUGUACUAUUGGAAGUUUAUGGAGUAAGCUAGUCAUAUUUUAUUGAAAUAUGAUUUGUUUCAUAAUCAUUAAUGAAUCAUUUUCUGUUCGUAUUUGUAAUCUUGUAACUUCAUUUUGGAAUGACAUUUGUUCGACAAAUUUUUGAGAUUAAGAUUUCUAAUAAAUGUAAGAGUUGUCACUCCUGACUUAUAUUUUAUGAAUUUGUGUAGAUGGAGACAGUUUGUGGUUGUACCUCAAAUGUGCUCUCUUAAUGUUCCAUUUUAUCCUCCCCUUAUAAAUAUUUGUUGAAACAAUCACUUUUACAUGCAGAGUUCAGGUUGUAUCAUAUUCAAUAUAUUAGCAGAACAGCAUUUGAUAUUUUUCACUACAUAAAUGAUUUCCUUUAGGACAUCUCGUAACAUAUUUACAUGUACAAUGAUGUUGGGUGUAAGAUGGUGUCAAAGUCAGCCAUGAAUAAAAACUGCAAAAGAG